GUGAAGCAGUACGUAGGGUCGGUGGAGCUACAGCUCAGUUGCGCGGCAGUGAAAGUAAAUGUUGCUUUAUUGCUCAACAUAACACGUUUGUCUAGAUCGCUGCUGACGGCUCCGUUAACCCUUGCCCUGACCGACCAGCCUACCUGGAACCUCCGGAUCACGCCACAUGAGCCGCUCCCACCUCUCCGCUGCUCACUGGCGUCGCUCUUCCACCCAUUUCUCCUGCUAAACCCCGGACUGGAUUUCGGACUGACUAACUGACUACGUGACUGACUGAUAGAACAAAUAUCUACAGACAUGGAGCUUGGAUCAGUGGUUUGUGCUGUGAGGAGUAAGAGGGUACUGGUCGGUGACAAAGUCCGUCCUGCUGUCAUCGUAAUAAGAGAUGAGAAGAUCCAUCAAAUACUCUCUGACAGCGACUUUACUGGAGAUGUUGCCGGCGAGGUGUUGGAUGUGGGUGACAAGGUGGUAAUGCCAGGCAUUGUAGAUUGCCAUGUUCAUGUGAAUGAACCAGGCCGCACCUCCUGGGAGGGUUUCUGGACUGCCACCAGGGCUGCUGCAGCUGGAGGAGUGACAACCAUUGUGGACAUGCCGCUAAACAGCAUCCCUCCAACAACCACACUUGGAAAUUUUCACAAGAAGCUGCAUGAGGCGACAGGGAAGUGUUUUGUGGACACAGCCUUCUGGGGAGGUGUGAUUCCUGGCAAUCAGCUAGAACUUCUGCCCAUGAUCCAAGCUGGAGUGGCUGGCUUCAAGUGUUUCCUCAUCCAUAGUGGGGUGGAAGAGUUCCCUCAUGUGAAUGACUGUGAUCUACACAGAGCCAUGAAACAGCUGCAAGGCACAGGGAGUGUCCUGCUGUUUCAUGCAGAGAAGGAUGUUCAUCAGACAACAGAGGAGCAUGGCGAUCCUUGUCAGUACUCCACCUUUCUGCAGUCAAGACCAGAUGACAUGGAGAUAGAGGCAAUCCGCACCGUCACAGAACUCUGCCUCCAGUACAAGGUGCGGUGUCAUAUAGUUCACUUGUCCUCUGCAAAGCCAUUGAAACUAAUCCAGGAAGCACGGCAAGCUGGAGCGCCCCUGUCAGUGGAGACCACCCACCACUACCUCAGCCUGUUUGCAGAGAACAUACCCGCAGGGGCUACACAAUUCAAGUGCUGCCCACCCAUCCGAGGAUCUGUUAACCAGGAGCAGUUAUGGUCCGCACUGAAAGCUGGGCAGAUUGACAUGGUGGUGUCUGAUCAUUCCCCUUGCACCCCUGAUUUGAAGAAGCUGGGCAAUGGAGACUUCACUGAGGCUUGGGGAGGAAUUUCCUCAUUACAAUUUGGUUUGCCUCUGUUCUGGAGUUCAGCCAGUAAGAGGGGCUUUACGCUGUCUGAUGUGGCGAGACUCCUUAGCUGGAAAACAGCCCAGCUAAGUAGUCUUGACAACCUAAAGGGCAGCCUUGCCCCCGGCUAUGAUGCUGACUUGGUCAUAUGGGAACCAGAGCGAGAAUUUGAAAUUAAAGAAGCAAGCAUUCAUCAUAAAAACAAGCUAACGCCUUACCUCGGCGUCACAUUGCAAGGAGUGGUGUGUGUUACCAUUGUUAGGGGCCAGCUGGUGUACAGAGAAGGCUCUUUCUGCCCCAAACCUCUGGGGAAGCCUCUCCUCAUCCCAAUGCAGCCCAACUGUGAAGCACCAUGACAACAAGCUGGAAAUAACCUCAACAUAUCUAGAGUUAGUGUGUUGUCUGAAUCUGGGAAAGUGCCCCAUGUCAUUUUCUUUUUCAUUUCUCACACAUAAUAAAUGAUUUACACUAGAUUUUAUCUGAAAAUUUUUAUAUCACACUUUGCAUUUGUAAUAAAACUGGGAAUAGUU